GGGGUAUAUCAGGCGGGACUCGGGCGCUCCCCCUCGCACUCGCGCGUUAGGAGGCUUGGGUGUGUGUGGCGCGCUGUCUUCCCGCCCGCGUCAGGGACCUGCCCGACUCAGCGGCUGCCAUGGCAUCAGACGAAGGCAAGCUUUUCGUGGGAGGGCUAAGCUUCGAUACCAACGAGCAGGCACUGGAGCAGGUCUUCUCCAAGUACGGGCAGAUCUCUGAAGUGGUGGUGGUAAAGGACAGGGAGACCCAGCGAUCCCGAGGCUUUGGGUUUGUCACCUUUGAGAACAUUGAUGACGCUAAGGACGCCAUGAUGGCUAUGAAUGGGAAGUCUGUGGAUGGGCGGCAGAUCCGAGUUGACCAGGCUGGCAAGUCUUCUGACAACCGGUCCCGGGGAUACCGGGGUGGUUCCUCUGGAGGCCGAGGCUUCUUCCGCGGGGGACGCAGCCGGGGCCGUGGGUUCUCUAGAGGUGGGGGAGACCGAGGCUAUGGAGGUGGCCGCUUUGAUUCCCGGAGUGGAGGUUAUGGAGGCUCCAGAGACUACUAUGCCAGCCGGAGUCAGGGUGGCAGCUAUGGUUACCGGAGCUCGGGCGGGUCCUACAGAGACAGCUAUGACAGUUAUGCUACACACAACGAGUAAAAGCCCUCUGCGUCCAGAUCGUCCUUCCAUGGCUGUAAUUAAGAUGGGGGAGCUUCGCUGAACGUUGUGUAGUGAGCACCUUGUUCCCACUUUUGUAGUCCUUUUCGUUCUGACCCAUCAACAGCCUGCUUCUGACCGAGAUGGCCUCGUGACCAGACUUUUCUUUUUAAGGAAGCGCUGUCUUUUUAAGCAGUAUAAAAAACGUUUUUGAAAGUACUUCAGAUUUUACUUUUUUACAAUGAGCCAUGGGUUUUUGUUUUUUCUAAAUUGUCUGGGUUGUGUGGGUUUUUGGUUGCUUGUUUUUGUUUUUUUCGGGUUUUUCGGUUGUAUUGUUUUUUCUUUUUUGUGUGGUUGCCCAUGAAGUCUGGCACCCCACCCCUCCUGGGAUGAAAUGGACUCUAUUUGAGCAAGCCAUGGCUCUCCAGCUCCCCAGCUCCGCUGCGGAGCACAGCAGGUCCUGCCCAUUGGGCACAGGUCGCGGCCCAUGGGGAUGCACAGCAGUCCAGCAGGCUGUGGAAGUGUUUAUUUAUAUUGUCCUUUUUUUACCGAAGACAUGCAUACUCCAUCGAUGUUGUAUUCACAGUGGCUAAGGAAUUCUUGUACGCAGUUUCUUUGGCUUCACGAAGCCGAUUAAAAGACGGUGUGAAACGAA